AAUGUUAGUGAGGUCAGGAGAGUCCUUCCCAGGUGGAAGAAACGCCCCAGACGGUGCCCCAGAGCACUUGGCAUCCCAGGAACUUGCCCUCUGAGAAUUCCCUUCCCCAUGCCUCUGGUCUGGCUUCACCCCUCCCUUCCCUGCCCUCAGGCAGCCUUCCCACCAUCCCCUUUCCUGAGCACCCCUUACUUUGCCACUGCUUGGGCUUCUGCCAGCAAGGCCAGGAGCUCACCUGUGGUGGGGAGAGGGGAAUACAGGCCACAGGCGGACCUGUCUCGGCCUCUUUCCGCUUUGUGUGAUGGGAUGUUAGCAGCCCCCUCUCCUGGAGGCUGGUGUGGCGGCUCAGCAGGUGAUCCCGUGGAAAGCCUCACCUGCACGCGGGCAGGGAAGGGUGCAUUGUCCUUUUUAUCGCGGCUUCAGUGAUUUUGUGAGCUUUGACACAUAGUGGCAAUUCCGGUGUGGCUCAAGUGCGGUUCUGGGGCCAACAGAGCAGCAGCGCCAGCUGGGAGGGUGUUGGAGACGCAGACUCUCAGCCCCCAGACCUGCCUGACCCGAAUCUGCUCCUCACCAACACUCCACUCUGGAUCCAACCCGGCUGCAGGUGGAGACACCAAGGCCCCAGGAGGGGCCCCUGGCAAGUUGCCGGUUGGGGGCCUGCGCUCUGGAGACAGAGAGUCUGCGCUGCCCGGCUCCGGGCUCUGUGCGGGGGGUGACAUAAGCACCUCCCUGCAGGGUGGCAGGGCUCCGUGAGCCUUCUCUGCAGUUAUUACAGAGCUAGCAGGGCUUGGUGGAGGGGGCUUAGCUGACGCUCUCCUUCCUCACCUCAGACUCCGUAGCAAGUGGCGCUUGGACCCGUGAACCAGAUCCUUCCCUGCUGCACGUCCCCCAGCCCCUCCUCCGGGAGGAAGAGCAGCAGUUACCUUUCUGUGUGUGACCUUUUGUAGACAUUCACUUCUCUGGUCUUGCUUGAUCCUUACAGCAGCCUUGCUGGGGGGGGGGGCGGUGUUAUUGUCCUGUGACACCCAGAGAGGGGAAAGACUCCCCCAAGGUCACGGAGAAAGAACCUGGCAGAGCCAGAAGCACAAGCAAGGUCUACGCAACUCAGAGUCAAACCGGCCUACGCAGGAAAGGGAGCUUGUUGGAUUCUGUAACUGAAAAGUCCGGCCUGGGGUGCGGGCAUCUACCUUCAGGUGUGGCUGGAUCCAGGGGCUCCCGCAAGGCGCCAUCUCCAGGAUCUAUUUCCAUCAGUCUCACCUCUGUGUUGGCUUUCUUUCCACGUGGGACUCCAAUGUGCACAUUCCCUGGAGUGGUGGAGGGGUGGAGUCAGCAGUACCUAAACCCUGUGGAUGGGGACUGGGGUGCUGAGGUGCCCCCACGGGAAAAUAGGGUGCUGGACAGGCAAGGCCAAGAGAAGCCCUCUGACCGCCCCCCCUCCCCGCUCUAUCCGGCCCUCCUGCUUCUGUCCCCAUUCAUCCCCACGGGCUUCUCUGCCGUGUGGGGUCCCUGCAGGACGUCAGGCAGCCCUGGGCCCCGACCCUGUGUCGCAUGGGCACCCUGCGCCCUGCUCAGGUGCCCCGCGCUGCGCCACACCACCCCCACUCCGAAACCUCUGGCUUACAGCAGCCGAGGCUCAGCUUCUGGCUCCGGCAAGGGGCCCCUGUCCUGAACGCAGGGCAUCAAGGAGGGUCCUGCAACGGCGGGGCACCUUGUUAGCGAGGCAGAGGGGCAGUGUCACGGGGACACGGGGCUGGGCGCCCCGAGGCUCGGGCCAGAGCCCCGGCCUCAGCCUGCCCUGCCGUCUUCCCUCACCCCAACGUGCGUCUGUCUGCGGGUCUUGCUGGCCAGCCCUCCCCAAGGGGUCCCAGAUCCCUCCACUCCUCCCCCGCUGCCCCCGCCGGUUCGGCCACUGUCCUCGCCGGCCUGGCCGGGCACUCCUCGGUCUCCCUGCCCCGCCACGGCAGCCUCUCCACGUGGGAGCGGGGCCGCGUCGCCCGCCUUCCUACACCUCCUGUUGCAUUUAAAGUGAGCUCACCGUGCCGGUGGUCCCGGCUGACCUGGCCCCUGCCCUUUCUCCUCUCUCUCCCAGCCUGCUCUUUGCCCUCUGAACAGGCCAAGACUGUGUUUUCUUCUUAGCACUUACCUCUACGAGAGGUUUGCUUUUGAAGGAUGGUAUUCGUGCUGGCUGUCGGCCUCCCCUCCGAGAAUGAGGGCCCCAAGAGGGCAGGUGCGUCCUGGCACCUGGACCUGCCGGCUCAGAGCAGGUGCUCGGCCACGUCAGCACCGGUGGAAGGGUGCAGAGCGCGGGAACGGGGAGGAAACCAGCUUCUUUCCUUGGACCUGCCGUGUCAGGCACACGUUCUCGCCUGCAGUACCUCCCGUCCUUGCUGUAUCCUCAGGCUGCCGGGGGGACGCCAUCCCAGAGCCGCUGGGUGGCCUGUGGGAGAGAAGGAUGGGGAUCCUGAGCCCUACGUCCCGGCCCUCCCGCUUCGGAAUCUCCCCACUUUCGGCAGAGCAGCGCUCGUUCCACAGCUUGGCCCGCGGGGUGCUGCCCUGCAGGCCUGCUGUCCAGGGACGUGAAAGCAGCACGAGCACGGGAUCCUGUUGCUUCGCUGCAAGCCCUGCAGGAGGUGUCCUGCGCUGCUCCUUGCUGAACGGGAGACCUGCGCUCUCAGCAUAAACGAUUCAUCUUUUCCAUUUCUUUAAAUCUACUGAAGCGUAACCCAUACGGAAAAUCGCUCGGAUCACAGGUGCGUGGCUCCAUGAACCGCGACACUGGAGCACGCCAGCGUGCCCGCCACCGGGUCGUGUCUCCAGGGCUGGCCCCGCGCCCUCGGCCCUCCACAGGGCGCCCCUCCUGGUGCCCGUGUAGGGGCAGGCCGCGUGCCCACAGCUGGCCGGGCUCUGCUCAGUGGCCGGCUGCCAGGCCCUCCGUGUCACUGCAGGGCAGGAGUCACUCUCAUUUCUGGCCGGCGUGCCACCGGCCACGCGGACGCCCCGCUGACGUGUCAGUUCUGCUGACGGGGGCACUUGGGCUGCUCCCGCCUGGGGCUGUCGCGAAUGGCCCAGAAACGGGGGCGCCGGGUCAGGAGCCCAGUCUGUUCAGUCAUCGUUUUAAACGCUGGCAUCUGUCACGUCCCGCUGCCGCCCGGGCCCACGUGCUCCCUGCGACGUGCUGCUGCCGCCGUCCGGUCCCCGACACAGAGCCGACAGCGAGGAAUGGCCCCUGUCAGGGGCUGGGUUGCGACCCGGGCGGGAGGGAGCGCCACACCUGCCCCCCACCUGCUGGCGCCCACCACCCACCAGAGGCCCAGGGCUGCACAGCCCCUGCGCUGCUCACGUGGUGGCUCUCACCCCCCAGGGCCAGCGGCUGGCGGGAUGGACACCCCGGAGGAGGAGAUCUGGGCCAGCGGGGCCCCGCCCCCGGCGCCCAACAUCAGUGUGCCGCACCGCUGUCUGCUGCUGCUCUACGAGGACAUCGGCACCUCUAGGGUCCGGUACUGGGACCUCUUGCUGCUCGUCCCCAACGUGCUGUUCUUCAUCUUCCUGCUCUGGAAGCUUCCGUUUGCUCGGGCCAAGAUUCGAGUCACCUCCAGCCCCAUUUUUAUCACCUUCUAUAUCCUGGUGUUCGUGGUGGCGCUGGUGGGCAUCGCCCGGGCCGUGGUGUCCAUGACGGUCAGCGCCUCAGAUGCUGCGACUGUUGCUGAUAAGAUCCUGUGGGAGAUUACCCGCUUCUUCCUGCUGGCCAUCGAGCUGAGCGUGGUCAUCCUGGGCCUUGCCUUUGGUCACCUGGAGAGCAAGUCGAGCAUCAAGCGGGUGCUGGCCAUCACCACGGUGCUGGCCCUGGCCUACUCUGUCACCCAGGGCACGCUGGAGAUCCUGUACCCGGAUGCCCACCUGUCGGCUGAGGACUUCAACAUCUACGGGCACGGGGGCCGCCAGUUCUGGCUCGUCAGCUCCUGCUUCUUCUUCCUGGUCUACUCUCUGGUGGUCGUGCUCCCCAAGACCCCGCUGAAGGAGCGCAUCUCCCUGCCCUCACGAAGGAGCUUCUACGUGUACGCGGGCAUCCUGGCGCUGCUCAACCUGCUGCAGGGGCUGGGGAGCGCGCUGCUGUGCGCAGACGUCAUCGAGGGGCUCUGCUGCGUGGACGCCACCACCUUCCUCUACUUCAGCUUCUUCGCGCCCCUCAUCUACGUGGCCUUCCUGCGGGGCUUCUUCGGCUCGGAGCCCAAGAUCCUCUUCUCCUACAAAUGCCAAGUGGACGAGACCGAGGAACCAGACGUGCACCUGCCCCAGCCCUAUGCGGUGGCCCGGCGGGAAGGCCUAGAGGCGGCGGUGGCCGCCAGCACGCAGUUCGACGCGGCCGGGGGGGUGGCCUACCUGGAUGAUGUGGCUUCCAUGCCUUGCCACACGGGCAGCGUCAACAGCACGGACAGUGAGCGCUGGAAGGCCAUCAACACCUAGCCUGGCUGCCCCGGGAGGGCGGGAGGGCCUGGGGGCCUGUGGAGGGCCGGCUGGGGAGUGCAGAGCCCCCGGCCAGGAGGACAGGGGGUCAGGCCCGUGCGUGGGCAGCGGCCCCUUGCAGGCCCUGUCCCGCCCUCUGUCCCCCACUUGCCUGCGGCCACCUCUGCUUCAGCUGGGGGCCACCUCCCCCUCCACCUGCCCUCCCCUUGCUCGGCGACUCGGCCCCGACUCUGACAUCCCAGGGCCAGGCCUGGCUAGGCUGGCUGAGGGCAGCUCCCUGCGGCCUGGGCCCCCAGGACUGCUCUGAUCCCCCUUAGCCUCCGCCCGCCCCCCCCCCAAAGCCCACUCUGGCGGAUGGGCUGAAGUGUGUAUAUUUUCUUGAUCUGUUUUCUAAUAAAAAGGAAAAGGAGCAGAA